AUCGGAAAAUAAAUUUGCGAAUACGUUUCACUCACUACAGUUAGCGAAGUUUAGACGGAACGAAAUCACCGUGUCUCUCCAAUUUAAGUUGAACAUCUAUUUCUUUUUUUUUUGUCUACGGCAAACGUUAAGAUUGCAAGUUAGAAAGGGCACGUAUGCCUGAAGUAUGAAAGAAAGAAUGAAAUCAUCCUUCAAAAAAGGUAAAAUGCUCAUUGAAGAUGUUUUAACCAUAGUGCGAAUUGCAAUAAAUUUGUUUCUCUUCAAUUUAAGUCACAAUAUCUGUUUAUUUUCUUUAUCUAUAGUAAACAUAGAGAGUGCUAGUAAAACCUCAUCUGAAAACAAAUUCGGAGAUACUAAAAAGGGCACACGGACAUUAUCGAUUCGGACAUUGUUUGCGUUGCCAAGCGACGGAGAAAUUACGCGUCAGUAUGUCUAACGAAGAGCCGGAUGUAUUUGAGUCGGACGUUGUAGGGCAAGAUUCCGAUGGCACAGAAAGCGAAGUUAAAACAGAAGACGGGGAAACGAGACCUGUUUCCUUUCUCGAAAAGUUGGACCUUCCCAGAUCGUUGAGGGACCCGAUCGCCAUCACCACCGAUUACUUGAAACAGAUAACCCGAGAACUGGGUCGGAUCGAGUUGUGUUGGCCCGAAAUCCCACAACCACCACAUGAUUUUCCGAGUAGUUACCGGAGCAAUUCCGCCAAGGAGAAGCUUUUACUUUUGUACGCGGAAAACUUCAGGAGGCAGUUCGGCGAGAAGUUCCCGCGCAGGAAGCUGCUUCUGGCGUGCGAAAACGAGUGCGGGCUGCCGAAAAUGGUGUCGACCGCGAUCAGACCGAUGACGCUGCGCCACGCGGAGAUCGACGCGUGGCGCGAAUGCGCCAAAUUCGUGGCCGAUUAUUUACAAUACGAGCCCUUGGAGGAUCCGGUUGCAUUGCCCGCAAGGUUGCGCUCCCCCCACACCACGUUCGCUAAGCAAGGCGGUCACUGUUUCGAAAUCGCCACCGUGUUGUGUUCUCUCCUCGUCGGCAUGGGCUACGACGCCUUCGUAGUAUCGGGCUACGCCGUAGAAGACGUUACGAUGCGGAUCAUGACGCGAGUCGACUCGCCGUAUCCGCCGUUCGAGGAAGACGACGCCGUAAAAGUCGAGGAAGCAGCGGUAGGGAAGUAUCGCGUCGCGCAGCCUAGGAAAUUGGAGAGCAAGUUCCUGGCGAUGAUGAAGCAGAAAGAGUCGCUCAGACUCCAAGAGGAACGGCGACGCGUGGAAGAGGAGGAGAAGCGGAGGGUGCUGGAGGAGGAGAAGAGACCUCAUGACGAACUGGAAGGUAGACGAGUGCACGGGUGGGUUUUGCUGUUGGCCGGCCAACCGGACGUUCCGGAAUCGGUAUUCGUCGAGCCGUCCACAGGACGUUCCCAUCAUCUUGACUCGGACCUCUACGGCGUAGUCGAGGGCGUAUGGAACCACGAAAACUACUGGGCCAACGUGCAAGAUGGCGGCGAACGCGCGAGCUUCGACUUGAACGACGUCGACAAAUGGGAACACCUUUUGGUAGGGGAGCCGCUCAAGUGGCGUCGUCGUAAACCCACGGAAAUGGGCGACGAAGAGGCGGACGACGUCUACGACGAGAAGCACCUGGACAUGCCGCCGUCGUGGUCGUCGAAAAUAGACGUGCCGCACGAAGCGUUAGCGAAACGAUACCCCGACGGGUGUCGCACUACGCACUAUAAAAAAGCGCUCGUCGAAGAAUACGCGCCGUACGUUUUAGAAGACGGACUGACGGCGCGCAUCACCAGGGACACCCUAGACGAGGAGAUCUACGUCAACAGACGCGAUAAGCUGAAGAGACGCAUGGUCGACGCGCGAACGGGACGAAACGUCGAGUAUUUCGACUACGGCAGGGAGGACGGCGUCGUCAAACACGUAUAUUACAACGAUAGAGAUGAUCGUAUAACCCAUACCGUGCAAAGUUUCGUAAGGGAUGGAAACGAGAAAGACGCCGUCGCGAACGAUGCCUUAACGGGACAAAACGUCGGGAAUUUGGACUACGGGGAAGAUGACGUCGCGAAACGCGACAAGCGUACGAUUUUUUUCAAUCACCGCGCUAGAUUCGACGGGCUUUCGCGCGUGGAGCGCUCCAAGCACAGCCUAACCGAGCAUUAUCGCGGACGGGACGACAAAAUGGCGUAUCGCCGCACGGAUUACGCCAAAGGCACCGACGGAAAGAUCCUCAACAUCGUGCAACGAUUCGAACGGGACGAAUCGAUCGCAUCGGCGUGCGACGACGUCAGGAUCCGCGAAUUCGACUUGGAAAACGGCGAGAUCCGCAUCAAGUAUCACUACGGACCGGAGAACGUGACCGCUUCGACCAGGACUUUCGUGAAACCCCCGGUUUCCGAUGGCGAAGGGAUCACGUUCAAAGCGGAACUGACGAGCGGUUACCAGGCCCGCAUAGGGGCGAAGCCUCCCGGUCAGCUACGCCUCUUCCUCGAGCUCGAGCGGCAGUUGCGCGACGAGAAAGCGGUAAUCGAAAGCGUGCGCGAGUUCGAGAAACAAAUCGAGAGCUUUCUGCUGCUGCGCGCCCACGAAAUGGCGUUCCCGAAGCUGGACGUGUCGAUUUACGACCGCGAGCGGAACCGCGAGCACAAACUGGGAAUGUUGGAGCGGGAUGAGAUGUUGAGGACGCGCAGGGAGAGGGAGGUGGAGGAGGAGAUCGAAUAUCUGGCGCCGUACUUGGCGCGAUUGGGGAAUCCCGCGAGUUUGACGUGUGAGGAAGCGGCGGACGUCAAAUACGGCUGCCUGGACGAUUUUAAACGGUCGCUAUUGAGUAGGGCGAACGCGAUCCAAACCGCUUUCGAGAGGGUGUCGGAGACGGUGCAGGAGAAGCAGAUGUGGUACACUCAUCAUCACGAUAGCUUGACGGUCGACGAAGAACGCGAGUAUUUUCGCGAUAUUAACGACACGUUGUUUCGCCUGAGGACGUUGGAAAUGCGGCUGACGCGACACAAGGAACUGUCGUCGGUCAGGUACGACGCCAUGUUGGCAUAUCUGAAUAACCAUCCGGCGUUGGGCGUUUUGCAGUGAAGAAGCGACCGUCAUCGAGUGCCUUGUAAUUAAACUAAUUAAAUUAAACGCGUUAAAUAACAACGUAAAGUUGUUAGGCCUGUCAUAUUUUCGUAUACUUCAACAAGAUUAAAACAACAGACUCUCACUGCCACGAUAUCGUUUAUCUUUAUUCCGCAGAACAUUUUCUUAUAACGCCGUUGUAAUUUUUAAUAGUAUACCCGAUUUUGUACAAUCCCAUUCAAUUAAAUUCUUUGAAGAAUAUUUCAGGUUGAAACUGCUAACUUCUCAAAUAAUUCGAUUUUCAAUGUUAUUCUUUUAAUUUUUACUUUUAAUGAAUUUCUAGUGUUCCAUAUUACUAUUACAUUUAUCUAUUAUACUAUAUAUAACUUCCUAUUUAGUUUUCAAUUUAAACAUCUAGCAGAUUAGGCGUAGUAGCUUUUGCUAGACUUUGCCCCUUCUCUACUGUAUAUUUGUAUAUAACAAUAUACAACAAUAAAGGCAAUUUAUUAUUAUAAUUAUUGUAAAUAUUUUAGAACCGCAGAUUUCCUAAAUCUCGCGUUGAUGUUUAAUUCUUUAAGAAUACAAAAUUAGAAUAUUCUAAUGUGCAAAACUUAUUUCCAACACGUAGUAUUUAAAAUAUCGGAUAC